AUGCUCAAGGCUUUGCAUGCAGAAAGGCGUUCCAAAUUUCACCAUAGCCAAUCGUACAGGGAUAAUGAAAGAAUACAAAAGAGAAUAGCUGCUAAUGAAGGAAAAUUGGAAUACGUUUCAAAAUUUUUGGAUCAAUACUUUGGCGCACAUGUUAAUGCAGAAAUAUUGAUUUCAUUGGCCAAAAUAGUCAUGUCAAACUAUCAGAUCACACUUGACAGACUCGCUAAAAGAAAUAGAUCGGCCCUUUUAUGUUGGUAUUCAGAGAAUUGGGAUAAGAUACAUCCAAUGCUCACAUCAAUGAAUAUUUUAGGUUCCAGAUCUUCUAAGCUGGUAAGUGAAAUUCCUCCCAAGUUCACAAAUAGUUUCGAUGAAAUUAAAAUUCAAAGUAAUGAAUAUCAUGACCCAUUUUCCUUGGAUGUAUUAUUAAAUUGUCAUUAA